CAUGCACCAUGGGAGGUGUUAUGUACAUAUGCUGAAAUAAUGCACAUCAAAUUGCCUCUGAAACCCAAUGAUCUGAAAACCCGUUUCUCAGCCUUUGAUACUUUGAACUGGUUUACCAAAGUCCUCAGAGUGGAUGAAAGUAUCAUCAAGCCAGAGCAAGAGUUUUUCACUGCCCCAUUUGAGAAGGACCGGAUCAAUGAUUUUUACAUUCUUGAUAGAGAUUCCUUCUUCAAUCCAGCCACCAGAAGCCGCAUUGUUUACUUCAUCCUCUCCCGGGUCAAGUAUCAAGUGGUAAACAACGUUAGUAAGUUUGGGAUUAAUAGACUUGUAAACUCUGGGAUCUACAAGGCAGCUUUCCCACUCCAUGAUUGCAAAUUCCGCUGUCCGUCAGAGGAUCGUAGCUGCCCUAGUGAACGAUAUCUUCUGUACAGGGAAUGGGCUCAUCCUCGAAGCAUAUACAAAAAGCAGCCCUUGGAUCUCAUCAGGAAAUAUUAUGGAGAGAAGAUUGGAAUCUAUUUUGCUUGGCUGGGCUAUUACACUCAGAUGCUCCUCCUGGCAGCAGUGGUAGGAGUGGCUUGCUUUCUGUAUGGAUUUAUUAAUCAAGAUAACUGUACAUGGAGCAAAGAAGUUUGUGAUCCUGAUAUUGGCGGCAAGAUCAUAAUGUGUCCUCAGUGUGAUAGGCUUUGUCCAUUUUGGAAACUCAAUAUUACUUGCGAGUCCUCAAAGAAAUUGUGCAUCUUUGACAGUUUUGGAACCCUGGUUUUUGCAGUAUUUAUGGGAAUAUGGGUUACCUUGUUUUUGGAGUUUUGGAAGCGGCGCCAGGCAGAACUUGAGUAUGAAUGGGACACUGUUGAGUUACAGCAGGAAGAACAAGCCCGGCCAGAAUAUGAAGCACGGUGUACUCACGUGGUAAUAAAUGAGAUUACUCAGGAAGAAGAGCGCAUUCCCUUUACUGCUUGCGGAAAAUGUAUACGGGUAACCCUCUGUGCAAGUGCUGUCUUUUUCUGGAUCCUAUUGAUCAUUGCUUCAGUUGUUGGGAUCAUUGUCUAUAGGCUGUCAGUGUUCAUUGUAUUUUCUGCAAAACUUAAGAACCUUAAUGGAACAGACCCAAUCCAGAAGUAUCUGACACCACAGAUGGCCACGUCCGUCACUGCCUCCAUCAUCAGCUUUAUCAUUAUAAUGAUUCUGAACACCAUAUAUGAAAAAGUGGCAAUUAUGAUUACUGACUUUGAACUCCCAAGGACCCAGACUGAUUAUGAGAACAGCCUAACCAUGAAGAUGUUCUUAUUCCAAUUUGUCAACUACUACUCUUCAUGUUUCUACAUAGCAUUCUUUAAGGGCAAAUUUGUAGGCUAUCCAGGCGACCCAGUUUAUUGGCUGGGAAAAUACAGAAAUGAAGAGUGUGACCCAGGGGGCUGUCUUCUUGAACUGACAACUCAGCUGACAAUAAUCAUGGGAGGAAAAGCAAUCUGGAAUAAUGUACAAGAAGUAUUAUUGCCCUGGAUCAUGAAUCUAAUUGGACGGUAUCACACAGUUUCAGGAUCAGAAAAGACAACCCCACGAUGGGAACAGGACUACCAUCUGCAGCCCAUGGGCAAACUGGGAUUAUUUUAUGAAUAUCUUGAAAUGAUUAUUCAGUUUGGGUUCGUCACCUUAUUUGUGGCCUCUUUUCCACUGGCCCCUCUGUUGGCUCUGGUGAACAAUAUAUUGGAAAUAAGAGUGGACGCAUGGAAACUGACUACCCAGUUUAGACGCAUGGUGCCAGAAAAAGCCCGGGACAUCGGAGCAUGGCAGCCCAUCAUGCAAGGAAUAGCAAUCCUGGCUGUGGUGACCAAUGCCAUGAUCAUUGCUUUCACAUCAGAUAUGAUCCCCCGCCUGGUGUAUUACUGGUCCUUUUCCAUCCCUCCCUAUGGGGACCACGCUAGCUACACUAUGGACGGGUACAUCAACAGCACUCUCUCCACCUUCAACGUCAUGGACUUCAAAAACAAAAGCAAGGAAAACCCAUAUUCUGGGCUUGGUAACCAUACCACAUGCAGGUAUCGUGAUUUUCGAAACCCACCUGGACAUCCACAGGAAUACAAGCACAAUAUCUACUAUUGGCACGUGAUUGCAGCCAAGCUGGCUUUUGUCAUUGUCAUGGAGCAUAUCAUCUACUCUGUGAAAUUUUUCAUUUCAUAUGCAAUUCCAGACGUGUCGAAACGCACGAAGAGCAAGAUCAAGAGAGAAAAGUACCUAACCCAAAAGCUUCUUCGGGAGAGUCACCUCAACGAUAUGACAAAAAAUAUGGGAGUUAUAGCUGAGAGGAUGACUGAAGUCGUAGAUAACAAUACACGACCAAAAUUAGAAUAAGAGUUUUAUGUUCUGAGAAGCACUUUAAAGAAUUUAGCUCUGUCAAAAUAUAUUAUGAAUCACUAAUGGGAAUGUUUAAGUUAAAUCACUUCAGCAAAUGAGUCUUAACUAUUGCCAUUUUCGUAUAUAUUAUUUUUCAGUUUCAGCUAGUGAUGCAGGAACUGGAAAAUGUAAAACUUAGAUCAAGAAAGGCAUAAAACUGAUCACCUGAAAAACCUAAAAUGUUACUUUUUGAUAAAUUGGAAUUUUAGUAACACAGAAGAAGUCUCUUAGUGUGCUUUAAAAACCACUUCUUCUAAAGCAGGAUGGAUGCUUUUUUUUCCCGUUUGAUUAUUUUCAUUUCUUUCUAUUCUCAGGCAUAUGAUCUUCUUUAUUUUAAGGUAGUGUUUCAUUUCUUCACUUUGCCAGAUCUGUUCCAGAGUUAUCUUUUCCUCACAGUACCAUCAUUAAAGACUAGACAUGCUACCACUUUAAUAGCUUUUGCAUGACUAAAAAUAGCUAACUUGGAAUUCAGUUUGAAUACUGUAUUAAGUAGCAAAUAGACUCAAAAAUUCACAAUAUUUAGGUGUAUUAUCUUAUCCUUCCAGAAAGGAAACCUCAGUUAAUCAAAGGAAAUAGCUGCAGUCUUCAUUUUUGGCCUGUCUUUCCAUCUCAAAGAAAUAUCUCUUAGUGGAUUAAAAUGAAGAUAACAAGGUUUUGAAGCAUAUUUGUUGUAAUCCACAGUGACACCUUUAUCUUCCAGGAGCACUCCCAGAAUGUCCUGUGCCUAAUCAAUGUUGACUGCUUUGCAAAUCUCAAGAGAAUAAGAUGACAAAAGAAGGGAAAGUUACAGAUUCAAGUAGAAUCGUAACUCAUAUUGAUCUGGAUAAUUAAUUUACCUCUUCUAAAGAUUUGUAGUUUCUUGGGAAAAAAUGAUAUCACAUGAUUAAAAUUACAUUUUUAUCAAUGUAAUAGUCCAUAAAAGAUAUGCCCAGUUGAUUUAUUCACUAGAUACAAGAGGUACUAUAUUACAUAUCACCAAGCGCCUUCGUGACUGGCUCACUACCUAGCCUUUGUGGCAUGACGGUGCUGUGCAUGGUCAGAGAAGCAGCAAGUGCCCUAAUUGUGAGCCACACUAAUCAUGGGCCUUGCGUGGGGACUGGCUUUCACCAGGGAGCCUGCAUGACUUGGCUUUAUUUCUGUGUGCCAAAGUGAUCAACAUACCAAGGCAUCUGCCACGGCGAAUGUGGCUUCUGUACACCUCCGCCCUCUUAUUCUGCUCCAAGUACCUUGUUUGUAAUUGGGUGUUUACACAGAGACAAGCAUAUACCCAGAGUAUUCCUAAUCGAGAAAAGAGUCGAUUUGAUUUGAGCUGCCAGCCUUCUCUUGGGCCAUUCAGGCAGUUCGUAGUAAAAAAGGGAAAUGGUUUGGUCACAUCUGGAGGUUACUUCCUGCUGAACUCCUGCACCGCCAUGCCGUUCUUGCCCUCAGUUUUGCUACUAGCUUUACAAGCCGCCUACUGUGCUUGACUGCCUUUUAAGUGCCAGGCCCCUGGCAGCUCUGGAGAAGACACUGGCCCUGCCCCUCUCACCCUUGACUGGUAACAGUCAGUGCUGGGUUGUAGGAGCGGGAGGUGAUUUGUAUCACAUUCGUGUCGGACAGGCCUUCACCCACUGGGAUGCUGUUAAAUGCUCAGGUGCCAGAGGAGACAACCUGUCGGAAUCCCAGUAGCAAACAUGUUUCAGUAGUCAGAUUUUAGACUUGUUAUAAUAAAACAGCUUAACUCCAGAUCACAAUUUUUAAAUGCCUGCCAUGAAUUUUUUUUUUUUUAACAGUAUUUAUAUAGGAUUCAUCAAAGCAGUAUUCUAGGCUUUUGAAUUGUCCCAAUGAAUCAGGGACAACAUUUCGCUAUCUUUCUUGAUAAUGUUAGUGAUGUGGUCAGAGAGUGCUCAAGACAGGCGACAUAAGGUCUAACUGCACCGGGACAGAGAAAUGAAUUUCUACCACUGUGUCUCAUUCUGCAUAGCCUAGAUGGGAGUGCCACUGUUCCUCUCCCCACACCCCUGUGACACUGCUCCUGGAAGUGAGUGUCACUUCCUCUCAUAUUACCUCUUCUCUUCUCUGAAGUGUGACUAUCUCCUAGUGUUUGAUUCAGCAGUUACUCACUGUUUAUGUCAGCAGAGAGAAGGAAAUGUUUUUACUUUAUCUCCUUAGAUAUAUGGUAAAACUUUAAAAGAAAUGUGCAUUUAUGUUUUCGUAGCCCCAGCUGAGAGAAUCAUCUUCAUAGCUUAAAAUGUGCUGCUGUGGACAGGAGGGGGAAAGCCUCUACAUUUUUAAGGCAACAAAUGCGAUGUACGACACUGUCAAGAUGUCCAAAAUAGCUAAGUUUUAGUGGAGACCCAGGGUCACCCAUGACAUUAACAGCAUUAAUGUGAGUCCAGUGCUGACUUGGUGAUGAAGGAACACCUGGGCUGUGUGUGCAGACCACGGCGGCUGCGUCUGCAAGUGGGAGUGCAGGCAGCUCCCCGGGACAAUCGAUGGGCGGUGGACCUAGGAAGGGGAAACCUGGCCCACGACCGACCUAUCCUGUGUUAACCACUAGAGAAAUUUCAGUUUUAUAUCCUUUUGUAAUGUCUGUGAAUUUUAAUGGAUUGAAGCAUUAGCCCAAAUACUCAGGGCAUUUUUCUUUAAACAUCCUCUCAGAUAUUUUAGAUAGGUUAUUAGAAAGGGAAAGCUAUCAUUUCUGUUUUAAAACUAAACAAGGCCAUCUUGCAAACUGUUUUUUCCCAAAGUCUCCCCUUUUGAUUGAACAUGCAUCUUGAAUUUCAUAAAACAUUAAUUCACAGUAGGGGUCAGAAUAUGCUCUGUUGUCAAAACACUUCUUGUACCAUUUCCUUGUGUUCAUAUCAUAAGAUGUUUGAGAAGUUAGAAUGUAUGAGCAGCUUAACUAAAGUAAAACUGAAAUAUUCAUGAUGCUUUUCAUACACUAUGGCAUAAGAUGUAAAGUUUGUAAUUAAUGUUUGUUAAUUUCUGUGCAUUUUAAUAUUUUAUAAUUAUGAACAUUUUAAUAAAUUCAUUUUUACAAACGA